AUGAGUGAUUAUAUGAGUGGUACCAGUGUGGAUGGAGAGGAAAAGGCAGAUUUCGGCGAUGUUGUGUGGGACGUCGCGACGUGGCGGCGGGGGGGGGGUGUGCGGCUGCCGGCGUCGGGCGGGACUGCAGUUCCCGGCGGCCCCCGCGGCGGCGGCGGCGGUCGGGGCUUGGGGCGGGCGGGAAGGCCGGGCCGGUCCUGGCCGGUCCUGGCCGGGAUGUCGGGCCCCGGGGCGGACGGGGCGGCGGCGGCGGCGGCGGCCCGGGAGCGGCGGCGGGAGCAGCUGCGACAGUGGGCGCGGGCCGGGGGCGCGGGGGAGCCCGGGGCCCCGGAGCCGCCGCCGCGGGUCCGCACGGUGCGCUUCGAGCGGGCGGCCGAGUUCCUGGCGGCCUGCGCCGGGGGGGACCUGGACGAGGCGCGGCUCAUGCUAAGGAGGGAGCCCGAAGGCCCGGCGGCGGCCCGGCCCGCGCCCGCCGUGCUGGACAGCACCAACGCCGACGGCAUCAGCGCUCUGCACCAGGCGUGCAUCGACGAGAACCUGGAGGUCGUGCGGUUCCUGGUGGAGCAGGGAGCCACGGUCAACCAGGCGGACAACGAGGGCUGGACACCCUUGCACGUGGCCGCCUCCUGCGGAUACACGGACAUAGCCCAGUACCUGCUGAGCCACGGCGCCGACAUCGCCGCCGUCAACAGCGAUGGGGACCUGCCGCUUGACCUGGCCGAGGCGGAUGCCAUGGAGAGCCUGCUCAGGGCCGAAGUGGCCCGCAGAGGUGUGGACGUGGGGGCGGCCAAGAGGGCCGAGGAGGAGCUGCUCCUCCAAGACACGCGGCGCUGGCUGGACGGCGGGGCCAUGCCCGACACCCGCCACCCCCGCACCGGCGCCUCCGCCCUGCACGUGGCCGCCGCCAAGGGCUACAUCGAGGUCAUGAGGCUGCUCCUGCAGGCCGGCUACGACCCCAACGUGCGGGACAGGGACGGGUGGACCCCUCUGCACGCAGCCGCCCACUGGGGGGUGGAGGAGGCCUGCCGGCUCCUGGUGGAGCACGCCGGGGAUAUGGACACGCUCAACAACGUGGGUCAGCGGCCCUGUGACCUGGCGGACGAGGAUGUGCUGACCCUGCUGGAGGAGCUGCAAAAGAAACAGGAGGAUCUACGGAACCAGAAAGAAGCGUGUCAGGGUCGGGUGACGGAGCCGCAGCCGCUCUACAGCAGCAAGCACCGGAGGAGCUCCGUCUGCCGCAUGAGCAGCAAAGAGAAGAUCUCUGUGCAGGAUCUGUCCAAGGAGAGGAAGCCCCCGCCGGGAGGAGGACCCGGAGAGACCCCCGCCAUCCGGGACGAGGACUCGGGAGACGAGGGCGGGGGCACCGGUGAACCGCCCCCCCACAGGCCCAGCGCCCUCAACGGGGUAUCUUCGCCCCUCCUCGGCCCCCCCUCGCCCCUCUCCUCCACAGCCCCGGCCCGCCCCGCCCCCGCCGAGCCCGGGGGCCCCUGGCGCUCCGGCCUCCGCAAGACAGGCAGCUCUGGGGCCCUGGGCCCCUCUGGGCGGCAGCGGCAGGAGCCCCCCGAGCUGGGCCUGCAGCGCUCGGCCUCCAGCUCCCGCCUGGAAGGAGGAGAGAAGAACCAGGAGCCCCGUCUGGCCCGAGUGCCCCCCACCCCCUCCCGACGGAUGGUUUCCCUCCCCGAGAGCCGCCUGCCCGUCCCGCCCCCUCAGACGGCGGACACCUCCGAUCCCCCAGCCCCUUCCAUCGCCCCCUCCGACUCCAGGGACCGACGGAGAUCGUACCAGACCCCGGUGCGAGACGAGGAGUCGGAGUCUCAGCGUAAAGCCAGGUCCCGCCUCAUGCGCCAGUCCCGGAGAUCCACUCAGGGCGUGACCCUCACAGAUCUGAAGGAGGCCGAGAAGACCCUGGGCCGCUCUGUGGAGCCGGAGAAGGGAGAACCUCCCCCCGCCGACAGCCCGGACACAGCCCAUCCGGCCCGUGUGCCCGGGGUGGAUGGAUCAGACCCGGCCGGACCCCUCCUUGGGGCCCCUGCCCAAAGAGAGGAGCCCGAGGGAGAGGGAGGCUGGAACCGGUUGUCUGGGCCGGACCGAAGGAAAGCCCGGAAGGAGAGGCGGGGGCUGGCUGAGCUGCUGCGGUUCCAGGGGGAGGAAGAGCCCGUGGAGCCCCCCAACAGUGAGAGGAACCCCCAACCCAGCUCCCCGCCCGCCUCCCGGAGUUCGGAGCGGGACCAGUCCGACGGUGGUUUCCGGAAGCUGUACGAGGGGCUGCAAGCAGAGAACGCGACUCUGCGCGAGACCCUGCAGGAGACCCAGCUGCGCCUCACACAGCUCAAGGUGGAGCUGGAGCGGGCCACCCAGAGACAGGAGCGCCAUGCAGAGAGACCCGCCCUCCUAGAGCUGGAGCGAUUUGAGCGCCGGGCACUGGAGCGGAAGGCUGUGGAGCUGGAGGAGGAACUGAAGGCUCUCUCGGACCUCAGAGCCGACAACCAGCGUCUGAAGGACGAGAACGCAGCCCUGAUUCGGGUCAUCAGCAAACUUUCCAAGUGAUACGUUUCCCCUCCACCCCCACCCCCUCCUCCAUCGCCGCUGGGACUUCCGGGCCCUGCCCCACCCCUCACGCCCCCGGCCCCACCCCUAUUUAUGCAGCUGCUUCUGCCACGGUUUUCCUUCAUGUGAGAGGUGUGGUGUGUGGGGGUGUGGGGGUUCCCCCAAGGUGUUGGGGGGGCGUGUUGCCUCCUGCACCCCCCCUAAAAAAAAAGCCAUGACUCCAUUUCCCCCCCUCCCCCAGUAGGCAGCAGUGGGAGAGUUCUGUAGGUUGGGGGGCGAGCAGGUUGAGGCCUGGCAAGAGAGGCUAGGUGGGCAGGGGGAAGCAGCAGGCUGGAGAAGAGGAAGACAGAAGGCCGGAGGAAGGUUCGGCUAGGAGGUCGUCCGUGGACCAGGGGCUACAGAAGGGACCAGGAGCCCGGACCAAAAAGGGUGAGAUGGGCGGGGGGAGGCGGGGAGGAGGACCAGGGAUGCUUAUGAAGGAACCAACACCCUCUCCCCCACCCCCCCACCUCACGUGGCACUGCCUCUCCAUCACACUCCCCUGCUCCCUCCCCCCACCCCCAGCUUUCAGGGGGCACAGAAGGUGCCAAGACCCUCCACCCCUGGAAUUCAGGGGACGGUCAACCCUCCAGGGCACGGAGGGCCACUUGUACAUAGGCAGGGCUGCGCGUUUUGUACUGAGGGGCCAGAUCCAAUGUGCAAUAGGGUGUGGGGGGCGGGGAGGGGGAGGGUAGGACUUCUAUUUUUGUUUCCAGGUGGUGGGGGUGAGGGGAGGCCCACCCCACCCCUCCUAGCGGGAGAAAGUAUUUUACAGAGAAAACGUCACAGCCACAGACAUUCAGAAUAAAGACUUGACUUUG